GGCCCGUAAGAUUAAUGACAGUUUAAACCAAAAAUGAGGGUUUAAACUUUGGAUAACGAUUAUUUCUUAAGAUCAAACAUAGUUAAUCCAUCGAGGAUGGUUUAAACUAUCGAUUAGUUUAAACCUUCGGGACGGUAGGUUUAAACCAUCAAAAAUGGAUUAAACCCUAUAUAUUCUAUGAAAUUAUUUUCUACCCGCUUCUUUGAAGUUUUUUGAAGUUUCUUGUUUGAUUUGAUUCAAGAAAUUGUGUUUGCGUUGUCGGUUAGAGAAUUAUUGAACAUGGAAUUGCAAUAUGAUAGUGAUUCGGAUUCAGAUAUUGAAAUCUUGCACCAGUUGAAUGAUUUCAGAAGGUAUUAUGAUAGACCAUAUAUUAUCCGUGAUCGAGAAAAUCAUUGGGAUAAAUGGGAUGAUAUCGAAUUCAUUCGUCGGUUUCGAGUCUCCAAAACUUCUGCAAGAACAAUCUUGAGUGAGAUUGAGGAAAAAAUAAGCCACCCUACCUCAAGAAACGAAGCACUGAAUGCUAUGGAUCAACUUCUUCUGGCUCUACGUUUUUAUGCCACUGGAUCUAUACAACAAGCAAUAGGCGACUUCACUGGAGUUCAUCAAACUACAGCAGGCAGGGCUAUCAAGAGGGUCACUGAAGCAAUUGCAGCUAAAAGCAAUACUUUCGUAAAACUUAAUCUCCCACCCAGACAACAGCAAUUGAACCAUAACGGCUUUUACAGUAUAGCCAGAUUUCCUAGGGUGUAUGGUGCUCUCGAUUGUACACAUGUUCGCAUACAGUCACCAGGACUAACCCUUCAACAAGAGCAGAAAGGUUAUAUAAUGAAUCCCACAUUCGAACAAGAAAUUGUAUUGAGAGAUGUUUUGGAAUUUGGAAGAGGCGUUUCCCUGUAUUAUCUCUCGGAAUGA